ACAAUCUACGGCGAGAAUCGAGGACGAUUCGAGUGGAAAGGGGAAAGAGAGUAAGAGGAUGGAAAUCCUCUUGGAAGAUGCAGGGUCCCGAGUGGAGCAAGAAGACGUACGAAUUACAUGAACAACGAUGAGAAGAAGCAGAUGGCGGAGAGCGGAGACGAUUUGAAGAUUGACGGGUUGCCGAGGCUGACCCACGGAUGUGAGGAUCUUGCCCGCGCCCUUUUGAGUGAAGACAGAGGAAGACAGUGGUACGAAGCAGAUGCCAAUAUGCAGAUGGACGAUACUCAGGGGAGGCACGACGAAGUCGACGUGAACCUGGAGGUCAGCGUGAGGGAAGUGAAUCAGUUCUAGAUUCACACUGAAGUGCGCAAGUGCUCCAGUGAACUAGGAAGAGAUUAGCUGCGAAGUGCGCUAGCACCUAGUGGUCGAGCGGCUCCGCCGUGCCGGCGACGUACGCAAAUAAAGAGAUUGAAACCGAGUG